GGUGGAGUUGGCCACCGGGCAGAGGCAGAGCGGAGGGGAGCCAGCCGGAGUCCGGAGAGAAUGGCGGCCACUCUUCUCCCGACCUUAUCGCCGCCCGUCUCGCGCGCCGCCGCCGCUUUCCUCCUCCGACGAGCCCCACUGAAGCCCUCCCGUUAUCUGCACCCACCCCCCACUCUCCGCCGCUUACUCUCCUCCUCCUCCUGUCCAGCAACCCCUCCCCUUGGACUACGCCCCGUCUCUACCAUGCCGUCCACCGCCGCCGCUCGAGCCGUUCCGGCCCGCCGCGACCUCCUCAUGCUAGGCAUCGAGACCAGCUGCGACGACACUGCGGCUGCUGUGGUGAGAGGUGACGGCGAGAUCCUUAGCCAAGUGGUAUCUUCCCAAGCGGAUUUGCUUGCAAGGUAUGGUGGUGUCGCUCCUAAGAUGGCCGAGGAAGCACAUGCCCUUGUGAUUGACCAGGUUGUUCAAAAGGCCCUUGACGAUGCAGAAUUGUCAGAAAGUGAUCUUUCUGCAGUCGCUGUGACCAUUGGACCGGGACUUAGUCUAUGCCUUAGAGUUGGUGUUCAUAAAGCUAGACAGGUAGCAAAAGCAUUUGGGUUGCCUAUUGUUGGAGUUCAUCAUAUGGAAGCACAUGCAUUAGUUUCCAGGCUAGUGAAUAAGGACCUUGAGUUCCCAUUUCUGGCUCUUCUAAUUUCAGGAGGACACAAUCUUCUUGUUCUUGCUCGUGGCCUUGGGCAAUACAUUCAACUGGGGACUAGUAUAGAUGAUGCGAUUGGUGAGGCAUAUGACAAAUCAGCUAGAUGGUUGGGCCUUGAUAUGCGGAAAGGUGGUGGUCCUGCUCUUGAAGAGCUUGCUCUGGAAGGUGAUCCAAAUGCUGUUAAGUUCAAAGUUCCAAUGCGGCAACACAAAGAUUGCAAUUUUUCUUAUGCUGGCCUGAAGACUCAAGUUCGAUUGGCAAUUGAAUCUAAGAACUUAUGUACAGAGGAUGUUCCCAUUUCGUCCGCAUCGGAGGAAGACAGACAAUUAAGGGCGAACAUUGCUGCCUCUUUUCAGCGAGUUGCUGUGUUACAUUUGGAAGAAAGAUGCCAGCGAGCAGUUGAAUGGGCAUUGAAGAUGGAACCUUCCAUCAAAUACUUUGUUGUUUCAGGAGGUGUCGCAUCAAACAAGUAUGUUAGGACUCGCUUGAAUCAAGUUGCUGAGAAUAAUGGCCUACAACUUGUAUCUCCUCCUCCAAGCCUUUGUACUGACAAUGGCGUCAUGAUUGCUUGGACUGGGAUUGAGCACUUCGCUGUGGGGAGAUUUGAGGAUCCACCUGCUGCUAAUGAGCCUGAUGACAAGCAGUAUGAGCUGCGGCCAAGAUGGCCUCUUGGUGAGGAAUAUUCAGAAGGAAGAAGUGUUGCACGAUCAUUGAAGACCGCUCGAGUCCAUCCAUCACUAACUUCUAUGAUACAAGGCUCUCUUCAAAAGUAGUUGAGUUGGUUGGCAUCGAUUAUUGGUCUCAGAUGCUUUAUGCAGUUGAGUUCCCUGUCGUCUUCUCGUUUUCGGUUCACACAUCACAAUCUAGCUAACCGUUAUUUGUAUUCGCUGAAUUGGAGUAACAAAGCUGCAAAAGGACUGAACUGGUUGUUUAAUUGUACAUAUGAGGCAAUAUACAGAUCCAGUUCAUAUAUAUAUCAGAAGAUACUUAUACUCCAUUUGUUUUUA